GUUUCAGAUGUAUUUGAUACUAAUAAUUUUCCCUCUGGUGUUACCUUAUGUGGCUUCAAAGCAAACGCUCGUCACAGAAGAAAUGGAGAACCUCUGCACUCCACAAAAAACAUGUUUUGCAUCGCCGAAAAAUUGCAUUAUUGAAAACUGCCACAUUAUCAUUUCAAUAUCCGAAAACACAACAGAGCUCUAUACUUAUAAUCUUGACUUCACUGAGAUUGUAUCAAUAUAUACCUAUGAAAAUAAUCGACGACAAGAUAACAUGGUGCUCUGCUUUGGAGGUCUGGCAAAAUGUUUUUUGGGGCGAGAAGAAAAACGGGAGUCAUACAGAAUAGAGAGAAAACAGAUAACGGAAUUGAAUACCAUACGUGGAAUAUAUGGUCAGUAUCUCUACAAGUUUCCGAGAAUUUUGUUUGAAACCGGCCAAAACUUUACCUACGCGUACAGAACAUCUGAUCCUGGAGAUGAAAUCUCACGAAAGUGGUUCGUGAAGUUACAUCACUUCCCCGGCUCCAAAGAACAUUCUGAGUUUCGACUGAACCUCGAUGAUAUCGAUUCCAAAACUAUCAGCGAGUUGUACGAGACUUAUGGAAACAUGUCUCCUCCCGAUGAAUACGAAACCGAUAUACCAGUAGACCCUAUUCCCCGCAACAAAAAAGGUUUUGUCAACACUAUCAGCAUCCAUGACUUGCUUCGCGAUCGCUUUGUCUCAAAUACAAGCGCGCCAAUUUUCUGAUUGACAUGAAAGCACUACACACGAUUCACGAAAAAAAUUUAGUUCAAAUUACGUCGAUGAUCUAUGAAAGCAGACCUCAAUAUUCAGUUUACCAUUUAUUCUUUGUUCACAUCAAAUUUUUUUGUUUUCAUUAUUUGAAUAUUUCAUGUCAUUUUAAUUUAAUUUAAUGGAUCGUUUUUUUUGAAAGUAAAUGUUAAAAGUUUUCGUAGAAAUACAUAUUUUAAUACUUAUUGUUAUUUUUCUGGUACCAUGGUUGGACACGAAUAAAAAAGUCGGACUUUUGAAA